GCCUAGACAAGCAUUGUUUAAGUAAGCCACAAGGAGUAAGUAGUUGUUUCACACAGCUUUCCACGCUACCUGUAGCUGAGCUUCAUCACCAUAGCAGAUCCUUGGAUUGACCAUCAUGUUUCUCGUAACUGAUCCCAUGGCAAUGGGCCAGCCAGUCUAUGCCAUUACCAAUAAUCCAACACCUGCGUUCCAGAUAUCUAGAAAAAGAAGCUUGAGAGGGUCUGAUGAACUGCUAAAUCAGACAUCUAGCGAGUGUGUAACUACUAACGUCAUACCACCAUCCAACCACUCAGAUUGUGUCUCGCCUAAUGCCAAUGACGCCAAGAAGGUGAAGCGAGAGAAACCCACAGUGUCAAAAGUAGUGCACAUCCGUAAUUUAGAUGAUAGUACAACAGAGGGUGAUGUGAUUACUCUUGGUAUGCCUUUUGCCAAACCAACUAAGGUGCUUAUUCUAAAGGGCAAAAGACAGGCUUUUCUUGAGAUGCCAGAUGAGGCCUCAGCAGCAACUAUGGUCAACUACUACACACAUGUUUCUGUAACAAUUCGGGGAAGACCAGUUUAUGUACAGUACUCAAACCACAAAGAAGUCACAACAGACAAAAUCAAUGCACAACAGACUGUUAUUGCUCAAGCGGCUAUUGCUGCAGUAAAUGCAGUAUUGAACUCUAACGAUGGCGCAGACCAAUCCGACGUUCCUAUCGAUAAGAAUGCUGCAGCACAGGCAGCCUUACAAGCAGCACAAUCUCUGUUGCCAACGUUCCCAAUGGCAACAAAGGCAGCAGCAGAGGGUGGUGGUGAGAAUACAGUGCUGCGUGUGAUCGUUGACAACAUGUUGUACCCUGUCACCUUAGAUAUUCUGCAUCAGAUUUUUAAUAAGUUUGGCCAGAUUCUCAGAAUUGUCACCUUCACAAAAAACACUCAGUUUCAGGCUCUGAUUCAGUUCCAAGAUAAAUUAGCAGCACAGGCAGCAAGAUAUUCUUUAGACGGUCAAAAUGUAUACAACGGUUGCUGUACGUUACGAAUUGACUACUCAAAGAUGACAACACUUCAGGUGAAAUACAACAAUGACAAGAGCCGAGACUACACAAAAAUGGACCUUCCAUCUGGUGACAGCAUCGGGAUGCCAUCCCACGACCCAGCUAUGUAUGGCAUUCCCAGUGCUGCAGGUCUCAUCCCAUCUCCAUUGUCAAUCGCUGGAACCACUGCUUUUGCUGCAAACCCUCACUUGGCAGGCUUUCCAGGCAUAGGCAUACCAACCUCCGCAGUUCCUGGUCUGCUGCCCUCAUUCCCACAUAACCCUGUUCUCGGUGGUGGAGGAAUGCGUUUUCCAAACAUCCAUAACACUGGUGGCGGAAGCAGUGUCCUCCUUGUUAGUAAUCUGAACCCAGACCGAGUUACGCCUGACGCUCUCUUUACCCUUUUUGGUGUAUACGGGGAUGUACAUAGGGUGAAAAUCCUAUAUGAGAAGCGUGACAGUGCCCUUAUUCAGUUAGCGGACGCAAAUCAGUCUCACCUUGCGAUGUCACAUUUGAAUAGUCUGAAGCUGUAUGAUAAGCCGAUUCGAGUUGCAAUCUCCAAACACCAUCAAGUCUCUCUACCAAAAGAAGGGCAACAGGAUGCUGGACUGACAAAAGAUUUCACAAAUUCACCGCUUCAUCGCUUCAAGAAGCCAGGAUCAAAGAAUUACCAGAAUAUUUACCCACCUAACCAAGUUCUCCAUCUUUCAAACAUUCCAGCAUCUGUGACAGAAGAGGACCUGAAGAACGCAUUUACUCAACACGGUACAGUUUGCGGCUUCAAGUUUUUCCCGAAAGACCGUAAGAUGGCUCUGAUUCAGAUGAAUAAUUUGGAAGAGGCUGUAGAAGCACUUGUAUCAAUGCAUAACUAUCCACUUGGAGAUAACCAACACCUGCGAGUGUCAUUCUCAAAGGCAAACAUCUAAACCUCUUUCAACACCACCUCUUUUAUUCUUACCUGUGAAUGCAGUUUGAUGGACCAAUUUGAUUGACAGCUGGAGUCAGCUGUGGACUAGUUUGACAAGUUUAUCAACAAGUUCUCCUGUGUUCUUUUCAAAAUUGUGGCAGGAAAAAAUAUGCUAUCAGAAUUUUCAAGUUCUUAAAUCUUGUUUUCAAUUUAACCUACAUAUCAAGCAUAUACUAAGAUUUUUCCAUUCAUUUUUUUAUGUUUAGGAUGGUCAGAUUUAUGUUUCAUUCCAAUUAUUCAGAUUAUAUUGUAUAUCGAUAUAAUAUAAAUACAUAUAUAUAAUAUCUAUAUAUCUAUAUAUAUAGAUAGAUAUAAAGAUAUAUAUAUAUAUAUAUAUAUUUAUAUAUAAUUAUUAUACACUUUACAUAUUUUAUAUUGAAAAAAGGUUGUUAAUUCUUUGUUAGACAAAGCUUGCUUGAAGUUGACUUUCUGUCUGCAAGCUUCAAUUUUGAUGGCAGUGUUCUCCCGAAGCCGUUUUACACAUCAAUUUUACUGGUAAAUAUAACCAGCCAACCAGUAAAAAUUUUAUGUCUGUAAAAUAAAACACUGAUUAGGACUAGGCACUCUUGGCUGGCCUUUCAAUAAAUGAACAUCAUUCCAUUCUAUGCCUAGGCUAGGCUGUAUGUGAUGUUUUUUCCAAGUCAUUAAAUCCCACUCAAAAAAGGUAACCCCUCACAGUGUGUGCAUAUCUGUAUAGUUUUUAUGGACAAAUUUACCAGUGAAAAUGUUUCAAUUGGGAGAACACUGCAUGGCAACGAUGAAGUACACUGCUUUAUGUGAAAUUCAAAGAAUUAACUUUACUCAAUAUAUUGGUAGAGGAACCGUUAAGCUAUUAUAGCUCCUUUGUAGACCAGAUUUACUAAAAAAUAUUAUGUAUGUUUAUCCAUUUAUCUAUCUGGAACUUGGAGUUUGUUCUUGUUCUUAAAUUAGAUUUUAUUUUUUUUAUUAAAUGGGUACAGGAUUUGCAUAUACUUUUCAGACUUGUUUAGUUUGUUUGUUAUGGCAGUUAGUGUGUUCCACAUGUUCGUUUCUUUGUCCGUCUAUGUGGUAAUACUUUAGGGUAAUUUCUCUAGUUCUGUAUAUCCUUACAAAUUGUGUGUUUUUUUCCCCUUUAUUUGUGGGAUUUAUUUUUCAUUAUAAGAAGGUAUAUGUAUUUUAUUGAGGCUUGAAUAUAUAUUUUGGUACUAGUUGUUUUACAAUGCACUAGUUGUCCAGUGCAGUUGAUGAUAGUAAAUCUGGAUUUUCAAUACGAUUUACAAGGGAAUCUCUUCAGAAGGGCUGACAAUUUCCCAAUUGCAUGGUGCCUUACUCUUCUACUGUGUGUUACAAAUUUAUGUAGUUUCGUCAAUUAAAUAAAAUAACUGGGUAAUUACAUACCGGUAAUUUUCCUUAAAUAGUCAGGUCUUUGAUUCAGUGAUUAAUUGAUUGUUGAUCUUUUCUCAUCUAUAUAAGUGAUCAAUAUAUAUAUAUUACUUGCUUUCUUGUUGCAAAAUGUUAUACAUAAUGUUAUAUUUAUUAACCAGAACGUACAAGUAUUUUCACUUACUUGCAUGGUUUCUCCUAGAAUUUUAGAUUUAGUUUGACAGAUUUUGUGCUAGUGGAUUGAAUCGGAUUUGCAUGCCUUAUGGACGUGAGAUUGGAACGCAAGAAAAGGUCUUUGAAAUAUAAGAAUAGCAUGUCUAUAGCCAGAAUGUCUCUUCAAUGCUACUACAUUUAGUUCAAAUACAUUAAUAGUAUGAUGUGAAAUACUUAAGUAAAACCCCUUCUUCAAAGGCCAGGUAUACUGUCACUAUUAGCAAUGAGGAACACUGUUACCACAUGUUGCAGUUGUCCAUCAUUUAUUAAAAGGAUAAUAGAUACGUAGGAGUGCAAUUUGAAGUGGUCAUUAAUUUUAGUUAGCCUGAUAUAAUAUAUAAGAUAGAAUUUAUAUUAUAUUCUAAAAUCAAUAAAAAAUUUUCAAUUUCCUUUAUUUUUGGAUUCUUUUUAUAGAAACAGACAAACUAGAUUCUUGAGUUAUAUCGCCUUCUAUAUUUUGUAACAUUGACGUACCUGGCCUUUGACAUGGGAUGUUGUGUAACUGUUGUUUUAUUUACUUCUCUUUAUAUCGGUUGUUUAACUGGCAGCAUAUUUUGAACACUAUAGGUUAAAAUGGUGCUACCCAGAAGCUGUGAAAAAAAAUUUCAUUUUAUUCGUAAAUACAUUUAAAGCUCGAAACCUUCAUCUCUGAACUUCAAUGUUUGUAUAUGAAAUGUUUUAUAUCUGCUGCAAUGGUGUUAAUAACACCUACAGGCAAUGGAUAUUCAUUGAAGUAGCUUUGAAGUGUGUCAUAGUCUUACAAAAACCAUAGAGCCAUCGCAUGGAUCAAAUCCAUGACACAUCCAUGGAUCAAAUCCAUCAACAAAGAGUUAUUUCUGCACUUUUUUUUCCAAGUGAGAAAUGUGUACUGAAAAGCGACAAUAUUUGAGGUCGCACGGAAGCCAGCUUCUUUGUAAGGAUCAUUUUGGAAUCCUUUUGUACUGUAUAGUGUGGCUUUGUACAUUUUAUAUAUCACAUUGGAAAACCUUGAUGUUUAUUUAUUGUGUAUUAGGUAAAGACAUGAGUUUAUUCAAUUCUUAGUUGAUCAGUGAUUUGUAUAAAUUCUGAAAUUGUGGUAUUUUUCAUGAAUUAAUUGCAAAGCUACACCAUGAAACAAACCCUGUAGAAAACCAGUGUGAAUUACAAUAAUUGAAGAACAUUAAAAAGUUUGUAAAAUAGAAUAAAAUAA